CGCGAUUACCGUGCAAGACGUCGCUGCGUCUCUCUCUGGCCCCCCCUCCCCCGCCCCCGCCGCCCGGGAAACUGCUCGCCGCUCUCGUAUUUGGGGUUUCGCCGCCUCCCUCCGGUGGCGGAUCCACAGAUCGGCUCAGCGGAAGAAGCCCUCCGGAGCCGGUCCUCUUCCUGGUUCGGUCCCUCCGAUCCCCUUUCCUUUCGCUCUUCGAUUUCUCCUCGGAUUCGUUUUAUAGGGUUUCGGAGAAAUCUAUUUGUUCUUUCCCCUUUCGCUGGAUAAAAUUCUUGUUUGAAUCUAUCUAUUCUUGGAGUCGGAUUUGGUUGUUUGGGUUCUGGUUUUCUUCCACCGGACGAUUCUAGGGUUUCGAUACGUGUGUCCUGUUGCUGACGGUCGGAACGCCUUUUUAUUUGAAUUGGAUUUUGUGAAAAUAAGUUUUUUCUAAUAUCGUCGGAUCUUUCUCCCAUCGCUGAAUUCUUCUUGAAAUUGUUGCCCUUGUUAGAUUUCUGCAGCGCGGAUCUAUUUCUCAUCCUCCUGGUUCCGAGGUGCUUCCGUCUCCGCCCUCGUGCAAGGCUGUUGUAUUGAUUUGCUUUUAGUGUUGUGAUCUUUGAUCCUGUCACUAUUGGUGUUCUUUUCUUGGAGAUCUGAAUGAUAGACUGUUUUCUGAGUGUUGGUUCUUGAACUUUCCCUUUCGUUCGAAGGAUUUCUUCUUCGUGUCUCCAAGAUCUUAGCUGUCCUCGUUUCUUUGAAUCGCUUUUGGGCUUGUAGUGCUGCGGAGGUUCAGUAAGUUUGCCAUAUACGUAGCUAUAUUAUCAGGGCAAGAGGGUUAUUUUGCGCUUAAGGUUUCGGUAGGGCUUUCACUGGGCCGUCCGAUGGGCAGUUCUGAUGCCAUGGGCAGCACGCCGCCACCGCCUCCAAGGCAGUAUGGCAUAACAAAACCAAUCUCCACUGCUGGGCCCACGGAGGCGGAUCUUCAGAGAACAAAGGACCUAGAAAAAUUCUUGGUUGAUUCUGGGCUUUAUGAGAGCAAGGAGGAAGCUGCAAAGAGAGAGGAGGUUUUACAAGAGAUAGACAAGAUUGUUAAAAGCUGGGUUAGGCAAUUAACUCGUCAGAGGGGGUACACUGAUCAAAUGGUCGAGGAUGCAAAUGCUGUCAUUUUUACAUUUGGAUCAUAUCGCUUAGGGGUUCAUGGACCUUGGGCUGACAUCGACACUCUGUGUGUUGGACCUUCCUAUGUUAACCGAGAGGAGGAUUUUUUCAUUAUUUUGCAUAACAUUUUGGCAGAAAUGGAUGAAGUGACUGAGCUACAACCUGUGCCAGAUGCUCAUGUUCCUGUUAUGAAAUUCAAAUUCCGUGGAAUAUCUAUUGAUCUUCUUUAUGCUAGUAUCUCCCUCUUAGUUGUUCCUGAAGAUUUGGACAUCUCUCAUGGAUCUGUGCUUUACAAUGUUGAUGAAGCAACUGUUCGAAGUCUUAAUGGCUGCAGGGUGGCAGAUCAAAUUCUUCGACUAGUUCCUAAUGUUGAGAAUUUCCGCACAACACUUACAUGCUUAAAGUUUUGGGCUAAGAAGCGUGGUGUAUACUCGAAUGUGACUGGAUUUCUUGGGGGUGUCAAUUGGGCUUUGUUAGUUGCUCGUGUUUGCCAGCUUUAUCCCAAUGCUGUGCCUAGUAUGCUAGUUUCCCGAUUCUUCAGAGUCUAUACACAAUGGCGCUGGCCAAAUCCUGUGAUGUUAUGUCCCAUUGAGGAGCAUGAAAUUGGGUUCCCUGUGUGGGAUCCACGCAAGAACCCUCGUGAUCGAACUCAUCAUAUGCCUAUAAUUACACCUGCAUAUCCAUGUAUGAACUCUAGCUAUAAUGUAUCAAUAAGUACCCGCCGAGUUAUGAUGGAACAAUUCCAGAUGGGCAAUAAAAUCUGCGAGGAUAUCGAAUUAAACAAGGCCAGCUGGAGUGCUUUGUUCGAGCCUUACCUUUUCUUCGAAAUGUACAAAAACUAUCUGCAGGUUGAUAUUGUUGCUGCAGAUGCUGAGGAUCUCCGUUUAUGGAAGGGAUGGGUUGAAUCUCGAUUGAGGCAAUUGACCCUGAAGAUUGAGCGGGACACAUAUGGGAUGUUGCAGUGCCAUCCAUACCCCUAUGAGUAUGUAGACCCAUCAAAACAGUGUUCACAUUGUGCCUUCUUUAUGGGCUUGCAAAGGAAGCAAGGGGUGAAAAUACAAGAAGGCCAACAAUUUGAUAUACGUGGAACAGUUGAUGAGUUCAGGCAUUCAGUGAAUAUGUAUAUGUUCUGGAAGCCUGGAAUGGAAAUAUAUGUCUUUCAUGUUCGGAGGAAGCAGAUUCCUUCUUAUGUCUUUCCAGAAGGUUACAAGCGGCCUCGUUUAUCUAGGCUUAUAAGCCAGCACCAGGCUGAGAGAAGUGGCGGUGAAAUUGGAUCUGAGGAAUGUGAAGGUGGAUCUGCAGAGGGACGACUGAAGAGGAAAAAGGAUGCUGAUGUAGAUGAUUCUAAGUCAAAGGAACCUGAGAAACGGGCAUCCCCAAGUAGGCAGAAGUCUCCUGUUGCUGAAUCUGUAAUUGGUGGAUCUGUGGAAGCACCUCAUGUCGGUAGGGUUGUGGAAACUGAAGUGGUUAGACAGAAUACAGAUGGUGCAUCUAACAGUUGGCUUGAGAGGGAAAAUGAUAACCAAAUGGAGCUGGAUAAGCAAGUGAACAAGGACUUCGUUUGCUCAAGGAGGCAGGUGCAAGCAUUCUCACCUGAUGGCAAUGUUAAUGGUAUUGCUGGAACUGUUUCUCAGGACAAUCAACCAGAGAUGAUGGUGGAUGCUGAGGUUAAUUGUUUGGAGGAGGGUUUGGCUGGUGUCAACAGGUCUGCAGAGGCCGAUGGUGCAGAAAUAGCUCACAGUGGGAAUCUUAGUGGUGAUGUUUGUAGGGAUCUGGGUGAUGGAACUUCACAUGUGGAGAUCGUUAGGGUUUCGUCGAUUGUUUGCAGCAGUUCAGAGAGCAUGCAUGCAGAGGUGGGACGAGAACAGCUUGUGGCCAACAAUGGUGGGAAUGACAGCCAGGAAUCAUCGCAGAAAGGAAUUGUCUCUUUGGAGAACGAGCGCUUGAAUGGAAAGGGAAUGAUGCAAAAUGGCGUGGCAGAUGAGCUAGAGGCAAAUAUCGCACUUGGGGUGGUUCUCAAAGCUCGUGGGGGGGUGAACUCUGAUGCUGCUCAGAAAUCUGCAAUAAGGCAUGUGUUUCUAAUCCCUAAAGUUUUAUGUUUGUAGUUUCAUUGCUCUGUUUUCUUUAUGCUGUCCUAUUUGGUGGUCCUUGUUUUUAUGCUUGUGGUAGGUUGAGCGUGACGUCCACAGCAUGAGGUUUAAUGGAAUCUGCAAUGGAUCGAGAUUUGCCACUGUAGGGGGAAAAAAGACUCACCUGCUCUUGGGAGGGUAAGUUUUGCUCGAGUUGAGUUGGGGUUUUGUGCGUGGAUUGGUUUAUGCAAAUAUUACAGCUGACGGAUACAUGUAAUUUGUGGUGUGAGCUUCAACGACUUAGGGAUCUUUGGGCAAGUUGUGUACAAUAGUUGUUUUAUGGGGAGAUAUGGCAGGUGGAUACAAGCGCCAGAACUUCUAUGAGGAUCGUUGUUGAGGAGCCUGUAAACUGUUAUUUAUCGUUGGGUUCUAGUAUCUGUCAUGUCUAACCGUGUGGGAUCAAUAUCAAGGAGUUGGUUUCGAAGGAAUACUGAACUCUAGGUUAGUUUAGGAUAGGUGUAUUUUCUUUAAUUAAUUCUUUUGCUUUCGUUUUUUUUUUUUAAAUUUUUUUAAUAUCACCUUGUAUACUUUCUCAUUGUAAUAUAACAUAUUAACUCUGGAUUCCUUCUCUGGAUGUUCCUGCA